ACUAGUUACAUCUGCGACGGGCAGGCCAAAUUACGGUCGUUAACUCACGGGCGACCUGGGUGCUGUUUUCAGAGAGCUGGCGUCUUUGGCGACCCGGGAAUCGCCAGGGUUGAACGGAAUGUCUCUUUUCUUCUUGGCAGCAACACAGUCACCCCCGGGGGCAAGCCCAACAGGACCAGAGUCAUCUGGGGGAAGGUGACCCGGGCCCACGGAAACAGCGGCAUGGUGCGGGCCAAAUUCCGCUCUAACCUGCCCGCCAAAGCCAUUGGACACCGGAUCCGAGUGAUGCUGUACCCAUCCAGAGUCUAAAUGUAGGCCGCAAAUAAAACGGAAUGUCUUAUUUCACUUUUUGUAUA